GUGUGUGUGGCAUUUUUUGAAGAGCGUUCUGUGAGGGAUUUGAAUCCGCUUCCCACGGACGUGCCGGCGGGUCGCAGCGCCGCCAGAAGAGGGCAUUCGGAUCCCGCCUGGUUAACAUUAAGUAGCUGGGGCAUGCAGACGCACGAAUUAACGCCGAACCUGCAGCGGACUCGGGAGGGAAAGCGACCAGAAAAAGGAGAAUAUUUGGAUAUUGGAGUGUUUUACCCAGUUUUUUGCCGGUGACUCCCGGAGAAGCGGCGCGUUUUUUUUGGCUGCUGAGGUGCGCGCCACGCGUGGUGCUGGACUGAGCAUCCCCCCUUUUUUUUUUCUUCUUUUUUUUUUUUUGGUGUGUAGACGCCAGCGAGCUGCUGGGGGAGAUGCAUCUAAAUGCUGCUUUCUUGCCGGGGGAACAUCGCAUCCUACCGAGGUAAAGUUCUUCCCUGACGGGGAGGGUGGUGGGGGGUUCAGACACUGGCCAUGGCGCACUCGGAGGGGACUGCGCCUGCCGCAGCGCGGGGUUCUCUGGGGCUCCAACUUGGGUGUUUUUGCAGCAAAAACCACCAGGACGGGGAGUUCUAAAAAAAAAAUAAAAAAAAAUCAUCGAAUAAAAAAAAUCCUUCCUGGAAGUGCUCGGGCUCGACGUGCGCUUUCAAGCCGGACUAGAGGAGAGGAAAGCGGGGGUGAGGGGGAAGGCAGGUGCGCUCAGACUGCGGGUGCUUGUGGAUUAGGACGGUACCUGUUCGUGGAAAUGGCUACCAGGAUCCUGUAGAAAAACAACAAAAAAACCUGUUGGUUGGACUGAACAGAUCUGCAGACAUGGGCUGUUCUCUACAACGUCGUUGGCUUGUAGUCCAACUCCUGAUGCAGGUGUGGCUUGCAGCAAGCCCGGCUCUAACAGAUCGUCCAUGCCCAAAGAGCUGUCGCUGCGAUGGAAAAAUUGUGUACUGUGAGUCAAGUGCAUUCCGUGAUGUUCCCAAGAACCUCUCAGGAGGAUGUGAAGGACUAUCGUUAAGGUACAACAGCAUCAUGAACCUUCGAGCGGGUCAGUUUGUCGGCCUUAACCACCUCAUCUGGCUUUAUUUGGACCACAAUUACAUCACAUCUGUAGAUGGGAUGGCCUUCCAGGGAGUUCGCAGGCUCAAAGAACUCAUCUUGAGCUCCAACAAAAUCACAUCUCUUCACAACACCACGUUCCAUCCUGUACCCAAUCUGCGUAAUCUGGACCUGUCAUACAACAAACUGGAGGCUUUGCAGCCCGGGCAGUUUCAAGGCCUUCGGAAGCUACUCAGCCUUCACAUACGUUCAAAUUCACUAAAGAUCCUGCCAUUACGUCUCUUCCAAGAUUGCAGAAAUCUUGAGUUUCUGGAUCUGGGUUACAACCGUUUGCGCAGUAUCACCCGGAAUGCACUUUCAGGUUUAGUCAAACUCACAGAGCUGCAUCUGGAACACAACCAGUUCUCAAAGAUAAAUUUUUCCCAUUUUCCUCGUCUGUACAAUCUGCGGGCGCUUUACCUUCAGUGGAAUCGCAUUCGCUCAAUGAGUCAAGGCCUGACCUGGAUUUGGGGCUCUAUCCAAAAGCUUGAUUUGUCUGGGAAUGAUCUGUCAGAUCUAGAUGCUGUGAUUUACCAGUAUUUGCCCAACCUGCAAACCCUAAAUUUGGACUCCAACAAGUUGACCAAUGUAUCCCAGGAGGCAGUGGAUGCCUGGAUCUCUGUCACUACAAUCAGUCUGGCGGGAAAUGUGUGGGACUGUGGCCCAGCCAUUUGUCCUCUUGUAUCUUGGCUAAGAAAAUUCCGGGGUGCAAAGGAGACUACAAUGAUAUGUGCCUCUCCAAAGAGAGCCCAAGGUGAAAAAGUGAUGGACGCUGUUGAAGCCUUUGGUGUUUGUCAAUCAAACCCAGCGACGAUGCUCACAGCUAGCAUUCCUCCAACUCCAUACAGUGUUGUACAGCAGCCGGGAAAUCACCCAGCCAUUUUGGUAUUCCCCACCGGUCCUGGAAAGAAAGCAGAAGGAUCUAUUAGGGGCCCAACGUCAUCAGCUGUUACCCAAACGGUGGCACUUCCCCCAGAUCAAGACAUGGAGCCUGUGUCCUUCCAUAAGAUCGUAGCUGGAAGUGUUGCCCUUUUCCUUUCUGUAGCUAUGAUCCUGUUGGUAAUCUACGUGUCAUGGAAGCGCUAUCCUAGUAGUGUCAAGCAAUUGCAGGAGAAUUCAUCGGCGGCUCGCAAGCGCCGCAAGAAGUCAAGGGAAACAGAACGCACCUUGAGCUCUCCCCUGCAGGAGUACUAUGUGGACUAUAAACCCAACAACUCUGAGGCCAUGGAUGUGCUGGUCAACGGCACCGGAACCUGCACUUACACCAUCUCAGGCUCCCGAGAAUGCGAGAUUUUGAAAAGACUCCCAGAAAUUGCCGUUGAACCAGGCAUGCUGGGACUUGCCAUCUCUUCCAGAUUUUGAAAAUACUCCCAGAAAUUGCCGUUGAACCAGGCAUGCUGUGACUUGCCAUCUCUUCCAGAUUUUCGAAAGACUCCCAGAAAUUGCCGUUGAACCAGGCAUGCUGGGACUUGCCUUCUCUUCCAGAUUUUGAAAAUACUCCCAGAAAUUGCCGUUGAACCAGGCAUGCUGGGACUUGCCAUCUCUUUCAGAUUUUGAAAAGACUCCCAGAAAUUGCCGUUGAACCAGGCAUGCUGGGACUUGCCAUCUCUUCCAGAUUUUGAAAAUACUCCCAGAAAUUGCCGUUGAACCAGGCAUGCUGUGACUUGCCAUCUCUUCCAGAUUUUCGAAAGACUCCCAGAAAUUGCCGUUGAACCAGGCAUGCUGGGACUUGCCAUCUCUUCCAGAUUUUGAAAAUACUCCCAGAAAUUGCCGUUGAACCAGGCAUGCUGGGACUUGCCAUCUCUUUCAGAUUUUGAAAAGACUCCCAGAAAUUGCCGUUGAACCAGGCAUGCUGGGACUUGCCAUCUCUUCCAGAUUUUGAAAAUACUCCCAGAAAUUGCCGUUGAACCAGGCAUGCUGUGACUUGCCAUCUCUUCCAGAUUUUCGAAAGACUCCCAGAAAUUGCCGUUGAACCAGGCAUGCUGGGACUUGCCUUCUCUUCCAGAUUUUGAAAAUACUCCCAGAAAUUGCCGUUGAACCAGGCAUGCUGGGACUUGCCAUCUCUUUCAGAUUUUGAAAAGACUCCCAGAAAUUGCCGUUGAACCAGGCAUGCUGGGACUUGUCAUCUCUUCCAGAUUUUGAAGAUACUCCCAGAAAUUGCCGUUGUCUAUCGACAUCUCGACUGAAGUUCCAAAUCUCCCAGAUUCUGCUGUUUUUGUGUGCAUAUAACAAUAUUGUAGCUUUUGUUCGAAUGUCAAAAGGAUGAGGAGGAGAUGGGCGGUCAACAAUUGAACAAACAUCCAAAGACGUCUCAGCUUGGACACAAAGCCUCUCUCUCCCACUCACGAGUCCCAAAGCAUUUACGGACUCUCAGUCUGUCCUAAAGCAGGAACGGAUGAACACAACCGAGUAUAUUUAAAAAAAUGUACCUUACCUUCACACCAUUGUU